GAAGGAUUCUAGAAGACGUCAAGACAAGACGGAGGAAUAAAUGAAGAUCGCUGACUGAAGGAUUAUUAGGUAGACCUUUUUUUGUCAAUGUUACCUUAAAUACUUUGUUGGGUGGUCUUACAGCAAAGUGACAACCAAGAUUUUUUUGGUAUCUACAACUCAACAUAUGGAUUUUUAUUUUGUUUAGGUAGUAGGAAAGAGGCAAAUCGGUGAUGCUGAGAAAGGGGGAAUGGGUUUGGGUGGACUCGGACAUCGGGGUCCCCAUCGGAGCCAGGGUCAAAGAAACACCAUCAGGUCAGCACUUCCUGGUGGACGAUGAGGGGAAGGAGCAGAAACUGUCCCUGGAGCAGGAAGCCUCCCUCCGGAUCAUGCACCCCACAUCGGUAGAGGGGGUGGACGACAUGAUAAAACUCGGGGACAUGACCGAGGCCGGACUCCUCAGAAACCUGCUGCUCAGACACAAACAAGGCCUCAUCUAUACCUACACAGGCUCAGUGCUGGUGGCAGUGAAUCCAUACAAGGAUUAUCCAAUAUAUUCAAAUGACCAGGUGAGGUUAUACCAAGGUCGGAAGCUUGGGGAGCUUCCUCCACACAUCUUCGCCAUCGCCGAAUCCUGCUACUUCAACAUGACUCGCCAUCUCAGGAACCAGUGCUGCAUCAUCAGUGGGGAAUCUGGAGCAGGGAAGACAGAGAGCACUAAACUAAUCCUGCAGUACUUGGCAGCAGUCAGUGGCGAACUCUCUGAGCAGCAGAUUGAAAAGCAGAUCCUGGAGUCCAACCCAAUUCUUGAAGCUUUUGGAAAUGCUAAAACAAUCCGCAACGACAACUCCAGUCGCUUUGGGAAGUACCUGGAGAUCUUUUUCAACAAGGAUGGAGUGAUUGAAGGUGCUCGCGUGGAGCAGUAUCUUUUGGAGAAGUCUCGCGUCUGCCAUCAGGCUCUGGAGGAACGAAACUACCACAUCUUUUACUGCAUGCUGGCAGGAAUAACAGCAGAGGAGAAGAAAAAUCUGAGCCUCGGGAACGCCAAGGAGUAUAAAUUCCUUACAAAGGGUGACUGCAUUCUGUGUGAAGGCAGGGACGAUGCUAAAGACUACGACCGCAUUCAUUCUGCUCUGAAAAUCCUGACUUUCUCAGAAAAGCAGCAUCAGAAAAUCCUCAAGCUGCUUGCAGCCAUAUUACAUCUGGGAAACGUGUCCUUUGAGGCCACUACUGAGAAUAACCUGGAAACCAGUGACGUUAGCACAUCCAAACAUUUCAGCGUUGCAGCGUCUCUACUGGAGGUCCCGAAAUCUUCUCUGGCAACGAGUUUGACCCAUCGCUCCUUUAUGACCAACAAGGAAAGAGUGACUAAACCCCUGAGCUCCGAGCAGGCGUCUGACUGCAGAGACGCCUUGGUCAAGGCAAUCUACAACAAGCUUUUCAUAUGGAUUGCUACGAAAAUCAACAGUGUCAUCUAUAAGAAGUUGACCAACAACCCCAAAAAGUCCUACCUGUCCAUUGGCCUGCUUGAUAUCUUUGGCUUUGAGAACUUCGAAAUAAACAGUUUUGAGCAGCUUUGCAUUAAUUUCGCUAACGAGAAGCUGCAGCAGUUCUUCGUGAGCCACAUCUUCAAGCUGGAGCAGGAGGAGUACCUGAAAGAGGACAUUGUGUGGAAUAACAUCAAGUUCAGUGACAAUCAGAGCAUCCUUGACCUUCUGGCUGGGAAACCCUGCAACCUGCUGGCUCUGAUUGAUGAAGAGAGCCAUUUUCCAAAGGGUUCAGAUUCCACUUUGCUGCAAAAGGUGAACGUGCAACACAAAGGAAGCAAGGUCUACAUUCCCUCCAAGAGUGAACACGACACAGAUUUUGGGAUUUGCCACUUUGCAGGCGCAGUUCACUACAACUCCAAUGGGUUCCUGGAAAAAAACAGAGAUGCCGUCAGUUAUGACAUCAUCAAGAUGGUGGACAUAUCCACCAAUGAGCUGCUGCAUCAGAUAUUCGAGAACGAACUCUCAAACAAUGGGCCGAAAAUGGCUAACAACAGGAAAGUCAUCAUGACACCCAAGAGCUCUCUGCGGGCAAAGGCUGAGAAGCGUAAGCAAGUGCCGACGCUGAGCGGUCAGUUCCGUCAGUCUCUGGACUCCCUCAUGAAGGCUCUGUCUGCCUGCCAGCCUUUCUUCAUCCGCUGCUUCAAACCCAACAACGACAAGCAGUCUGAGCUGUUUGACAGGGAGCUGUGCAUGCGUCAGCUCCGAUACUCCGGCAUGAUGGAUACCGUCCGUAUCCGUAAACUGGGAUAUCCAGUUCAACACACCUUUAAGGACUUCCUGAAUCGCUACCGGGUGCUGCUCAACACGACCAUCUGUAACCCCAAAACUAAAACAGCUGCGGCCUGUUGUGAAGCCAUCUGCAAGGCGACGAUUGAAGGAAAGGACGAGUGGAAAAUAGGCAGAAAUAAAAUUUUCCUGAAGGACUCCCAUGAUGCUGUCCUGGAGCGGCUGAGGGAAACGGAGCUCAGCAGGGUUGCCGUGGUGAUCCAGAGGGUCAUGAUGAUGCGCAAAGACAGAGAGUCUUUCCUGAGGAAGCGAAGGGCGGCUGUGGUGUUGCAGAAGCACUGGAGAGCUCACAGAGCUCAGCAAGUGCAAAGAAAGGUUCAGCGUGGCUUUGACCGUCUGACAUCAAUGAUCCGUAGUCGGCAGCUUCAGUUACAGUACAAGAGACAGCGAGCAGCGGCGCUCACCAUCCAGACCCAGGUACGAGGUUACCAGGCAAGAAAGGAAUUUAAGCAGAAGAGGGAGGCCCUCCGUUUACACCAAGAGGAGGAGGAUGACGUUGCCUUGGAGCUUCAACGGCGACUGGAAGAUAUCGCUGAGUCACAGGUGACUCAGGAGGAACCAGAGUCCUCAUCUGAAAGUGAUUCAAGGAACACGUCGUCCUCUGAACACGAUUCAGAGGAUGGCACACGUCCUUUCCAGCUAAUACCUCCUGUAAUAGUGGUGGAACCUGUAUCUGAAGAUGAGAAGAUGUCAGGGCAGGAGGAGGAAACCUCUUUUGACCCCUCAGAGCUGCAGGAAGCCAUCCCUCGAGCCUGGGCGACACCCAGCCCUUCACUGGAUGAGGACGAGGAUGAGGACGAGAACGAAUUUGAUGAUGAAAAUGACGAAUUUUCAUUCUACAAGUUCAGCAUCCUUCACUUCCAGGACGCUGAUCACAAGCACAUCACCCAGAGACUCAAGAAGUCUCUCCUGACCCACGAUGAUGAGGCUGAUGAACUGGCGUGUCUCACUAUAUCGUGGAUUAUUCUGCGCUUCAUGGAGGACAUACCAGAACCAAAAUCAGCAGAUGUGCUAUCUCAGGCAUCGAGCACCAUGAGCCGUCUGGUGCCUCAGAAGCAGGGCAGGAGGCUGAGCAACCUGGUGGGACUGGACCAGAAAAUACUGAGAAGGAACAAGAAAAAGUCUGAAAGUGGAAACAGAAAAGCCUCAACAAUUCUUGAGGAGCCAGAUAACCUGACAGAAGACGAGGACAUUAUGAUUGGGGAGGGUCCGACGCUGUAUCGGCAACUGUCCCAACUAGAAAAACUCCACAUUAUUGUUGGAUAUGCUAUGUCGAGACCAGGCAUUCGGGAUGAGAUCUACUGCCAGAUCUGUAAGCAGCUGGUGAAUAAUCACAACAGGAGGAGUCGUAGGCUCGGCUGGACUCUCCUCUCCGUCUGUCUUGGGAUCUUCCCUCCGACAAACCUGUUCUUGAAGUGUUUGGAGAAUUUUAUCAGCAAAGGGCUGAGGGAUUACAAAGAGUAUUGUUCUAAUCGCCUAUAUCGUGUCAUAGCCAAUGGAGAAAGGAAGGAGUUACCAUGUUGGGUAGAACUGCAGGCUGCCAAGUCCAAGGCGCCCAUAGAUGCAUCUGUGACUCUAAUGGAUGGUCGUAGUGUCGAUUUACCUCUGGAAUCAGCCUCCACCUCCGCCGAAGUCUGCCAAGCUGUGGCUGACCAGCUGGGUCUCAAAGACACCUACGGAUUCUCCCUGUACAUCAGCCUCUAUGAGAAGAUGUGGUCUCUGAACAGCUGUGAGAAGCAUGUGUUGGAUGCAGUGUCUCAGUGCGAGCAGGAGAUGAGGAGGCAGAACAAGGAGGAGAAGGACGCCCCCUGGAGGCUCUCCAUCCGCAAGGAAAUGUUCGCACCGUGGCACGACUGUUCCCUGGACCCAGUCAGCACAGAUCUAAUCUACAGGCAGGUUAUCAAGGGAAUCAAGAACGGAGAGUACAUGACUGACAAGGAGGAUGAAUGCAUCCAGCUGGCAGCGAUGCACUAUUACAUCCAGUUUGGCUCAGAAUACGACAGAGAGAACGUCCAGAGUGUGGUGGAGGAGUGCAUCCCCACCCACCUGAUUGAGAACAAAUCUAUGACAAAAUGGAUCCAACUCAUCAGCUCACCGCUCUUACAGGGGCCUUAUGCCAGGGAGACACAGGGGAGAGAAAGAGUGAAAGGACAACUGGUGGAAAUGGCCCGACAGAAAUGGACGCUCGACUUCUCCAGGUUUUUUGAAGUUACAAUGAUGUCCGGACCUCCUUUGCCCAAAAGCAGGUUUGUUGUUGCAGUAAACUGGACUGGCAUCUUAUUCAUGGAGAGAAGAGAUAAGAGGCUCCGUGAGAUUCCUUACCUAGAGGUAAAGAAGGUCUCCAUGAUGAGUGAGAACUAUGUCAGCGCCCAGCAUAUGACUCUGACCACAUUCAGAGGAGAGUUCGUCCUGAGAUCUGGGGAAGCAAGAAGCAUGGCAGCAGUGAUGGAGGAAAAUGUGGAAGGGUUGAGACAGCGUUCAGUGUAUGCACUGGCUCAGGAAGCCAUUAAAUCAGAUGACCCCAUGUUCCUGGUUUGUAAACGAGGUGACCUGCUGCUGGUAGACAAAGAUGAAUCCUCACAUGACAGGGAUUGGAUCAGAGCUCGCAACGAGCGGACCGGUGACAGCGGUGCAGUCUAUAAGAGAAUGAUAGAGUAUCUGCCAACCCUUACCAAGCCCACGGAUGCAAUGCUGGAACUGCUCAGUCCGAGCCAGAAGAAACCUUUCGCCCCUGUAAAUACACUUCAGGAGGAAGAAACAGUAGCUCCUGUUUCUUUGAAAGAGUUUGCAUUUGAAUACUUCAGAUCUGCAGGUAAAGAUGCCGGUCGGCCGAAGGGGACCGGCAAGGAGAAACUGUGGGCGUCUUCCAGAGAACCUCUCAAACAGCCGCUGCUGAAGAGUCUGGUCCGUAAAUCAGACCUCAACCACAUGGCCUGCAGCGCCUUCAUUGCUAUUAUGAAGUACAUGGGCGACUACCCCAUCAAACAGAUGCGCAGCCCAAUGGAGCUGACUGACCUGAUCUUUGGUCCAGCCACACAGCACAAAGAGCUGCAGGAUGAGAUCUACUGCCAGAUUAUGAAGCAGAUGACCAGCAACAACAACAGGCUGAGCAUGGAGCGCGGGUGGCAGCUGCUGUGGAUGUGCACAGGCUUGUUUCCGCCCAGUGACAAUUUGAUGGGACACGCUCAGCGCUUCGUGGAAUCGCGACGGAGAGACCUGCUGGCUGCCGGCUGCCUGCAGAGGCUGCUGGAGAUACACAGUAAGGAGCCCAGAAAGCUUCCACCCCACCUCGCAGAAGUGGAAGCCAUCCAACAGAACGUCAUGAAUAUCUUCCAUAAAGUCCACUUUCCAAAUGAAAAGAGUGACAUAUUUGAGGUGGCGUCGACAAUCACAAUCAAAGACCUGUGCUACAGCAUCACCUCUAACCUCAAACUGAGCUCAGCUGAGGGAUAUGGCCUUUACCUGAAAACGCCGACCAAGAUGAUGAGCCUGGAGGAGAACAGAUAUUUCUUUGACUGUCUAAGGCAGAUCACCAGCGUCCCCAAAAAAGGAAAAAAAGUGAAAGAAGGCUCUCCGGCAAACAUUUCGACAAAGGUGAUCUUCAAGAGGAAGCUCUGGUUCAAUGUGAGCCCUGGGAAAGACAUCAUCGCAGAUCUCACUUUCCAUUUCCCGCAGGAGGUGCCCAAGUACCUGCAUGGAUUCCACAACUGCACCAAAGAGAACAUGAUCACCCUGGGCGGGCUGCUGUUCAGAGCCCAAGUAGACUCAGACAGGUCGCAGUUUGUCAUGAUUCCCAGGAUGCUGAAGGGCCUUGUUCCUGCUGACCAGCUGAAGAUCAUGGUUCCUGAAGAAUGGAAGAAGCACAUCAUCUCCUCGUACAACAAGCAGAGUGGCAUGACGGUGCAAGAGGCCAAAAUUACCUUCUUAAGAACUGUUUCCAGUUGGCCAGCGUUUGGCUGUGACUUCUAUGAAGUUAAACAAACAUGUGAACGUAGCUACCCAAAUCCACUUUGGAUUGGCAUCAACAAGCAAGGUGUCAGCUUAAUAGACCCAACAUCAAAGGAGCUGCUGGUCAUGCAUCAGUUUAACCGCAUCAUAGAGUACUACAGCAAGGGCAACUCCUUCACCAUGACCAUCGGCACCUUGGUGAGGGGAAACAGCUUCGUCUGUGAAACCUCACAGGCGGACCAAAUGGAGGACCUUAUCAGAUCGUACGUCAGCAUGUAUGAGAGGCAGAUACAGGACUUUCGACCGAGGAACGCAGUCAAUCAACUUUUGUUUAUAUAGCACUUCUCAAACAACUGAAAUGCAACACAAAGUGCUUUACAACAGUUAAAAACAUUACAGAAAACCAGAGGAGAAAAGCCGUCCCUCUUUACAUUAAAUAUAUUUGUCUGCUUUAAAUGUCAUAUAAUAUUUUGACUUGUUGUUGAUGUCAGUUCUUCUUAACAUUCACCGCUGUAAGAACUAUUGCAUUUCACAAACCUCUACUGAAAUUCAUGCAAAUACGGUGGUUUCAAACACCCCCCCAUCUUAAAGUAUUUUUCUUAAACAGUGGUUUGGCAGUAGUUGUUCUCCUUCAUGUGCUAGAUUACUUCUGAUUUUACUCAAUUAGAUCACACAUUUCAAAUCUCCUCGGUCUCACAAUCAGUCACAAGCAGUCUUUGCCGUGUUUUCGAGACAUAUAUACAUAAAUUUAUAUUUAAAUUUCCACUUCAUAAUUAGCAAGAACAUUUUCCUUUCUUUCUCUGGCAAUACAACCAGGCUCCAACAAUCACAUUUAUGAUUUUAUCUGGAGACAUUAAACGCAUGCUACCUAUUACACUUUAAAUGUUUUGCUGUAUUCUGCACCCAGUUAUCCACCUGUCUUAUCUGCUUUGUUACUGGUAAUUAUCUUCAUUGUUGAGGGGUUUUAUUUCAUUUUAUUUUUGUACUAUAAUUGUCUGAUUCUGUGUGCCUCAGUCUUGAAAUGCUGUAAUCCUGGUAUUACAAUUUAAAGCACUGUGUAGCUUUGUAUUUGAAAGUGCUGUACAAAAAACAUUAUUAUUAUUUAUUUUACAGGAGUUUAUGAUACAGUAUAAUGCUGGCCUAAAAUACACCAGAUUACUGUUGACCAAAAAAAUCACUGAAACUGAUCAAAUACAUGGUUUUACCUGACAGUGAAAUUCUGUAUCAAAACAUGUUUAACUGUCAAUUGAAAGAAAAAUAUUCAUCUAGCUUCAAUCAGCUCGACGGCUACAUUGGUGAUUUACAUUUCUAAUACAUUUUACACUGAGAAAGUGUGCCGUAAAGAACAAUUACAGCUCAUACCUUAUAUUUAUGAUGUAUUUGCAGUUAAGACCUAUUGUGUUUUCCACCAUAUUGUCCUCUGUGGUUCUUUUUAAAAUAGUGUAUGAACAGCCUGAGUGUGAUGACUGUCUGGUGUAUAUGUCACACAUUCGUUACUAAAAUGCAGUCAUUUGUACAAUAAAUAAUGGCUGAACUGGG